CCACCCCCACCGUCACGCCUGCCUGCCUCCCAGCUGCGUCCGCCGCUGUCCUGUCUGGCCGCCCGGUGUCUGCUCCGCUGCUCCGCGCUCUGCCCCGCUCCCACCCCGGACCCGAAGCUCUCUGCCUGCUCGUUCACCGCCCCUUCUCCCCGGACCCCCCCUCCACCCGGUGAAUGCACCAGCGCCGUAAACAUGACGGGCAUCGCCGCCGCUUCUUUCUUCUCUAAUUCCUGCAGGUUCGGGGGCUGCGGGCUCCAGUUCGAGUCUCUCGCCGAGCUCAUCGUCCACAUCGAGGACAAUCACAUCGACACAGAUCCGCGGGUUUUGGAGAAGCAGGAGCAACAGCAGCCCACUUAUCUGGCCUUAAGCUACAUCAACAGGUUCAUGACGGAUGCAGCCCGUCGGGAGCAGGAGACCAUGAAGAAGAAGGCCACACCCAAGCUGUCCCUGUCCAUCACGGGCGGAGUGUCCAGGAACAGCACGGCCACACCUCCCCGCCACACCAGCGGUAACCUGACGCCUCCCGUCACGCCCCCCAUCACCCCCUCCUCCUCAUUCCGCAGCAGCACACCUACAGGCAGUGAGUAUGAUGAGGAGGAGGUAGACUACGAGGAGUCGGACAGCGAUGAGUCGUGGACCACAGAAAGCGCCAUCAGCUCUGAGUCCAUCCUCAGCUCCAUGUGCAUGAAUGGGGGAGAGGAGAAGCCAUUCGCCUGCCCCGUCCCCGGUUGUAAGAAGAGAUACAAGAAUGUGAAUGGUAUCAAAUACCACGCCAAGAACGGCCACCGCACACAGAUUCGUGUGAGGAAACCCUUCAAAUGUCGCUGUGGAAAGAGCUACAAGACCUCGCAGGGCCUGAGACACCACACCAUCAACUUCCACCCGCCCGUCUCCACCGAGAUCCUGCGCAAGAUCCAAGGCUAGAGCCUGUGGUCGCACCAAUCAACUACCCCAAACAUAGCCCUAUCCUGACUUUUACCUUACCUAUCCCACACACUAAAGGAUCAAGUGCAUGCUUUAAGUUGUUUUCUUUUUUUCUUUUUUUUUUUUUUGGUCAUCUUUUUAUUUGUGUUACAUAAUUUUUUUUUUUCUAUCCAUGUUAUAUCACUUGUAUUUUUGGAAAAAAAAAGUAUCUUUGUAGUAUUUUUAUUGAUGUACAUUUGCACAUUCGUAUAUGCUAUCACGUUAUUUUUUUUCUAUUGUUUGACUUACAUAAGGUGCUAACUGUAAAAAACAACAGAAAGAAAAGACAAAAAAACAAACGAAAGAAGACAGGCGAAACGUAAAAGAAGGAGAUGUGGAACAAGAAGUGCAACCAAGUGCUCGUACGCGAGUAGGAUGAAGUCGACUCUUAGUGCUGACGUAAGCUCAGUAGUUGUUACACUCCGUUUCCGUUAACUGCAGAGUCCAGCUGAGCUUACAUCUGUGCCUUAACAGUCACUUCUGGGGGUGUAAGCGCGAGAGUUAAGUUAUACUUUAAAUAGAUAUAUUGAUAUAUAAACAAUAGACAGAUAUGUAUGUGUACAUAAAAAUAUAUAAAAGUAUUCAUGAGCAUAUACAUAAAUAGUUACACUUUAUUUUCAAGCUUUAUUUUAUAUAUUUUUUUGUCAGUGUUUAGACUUCAGUGUUUUUUCUUUUUUUUGUUUUUUUUCUAUGUAUCAGUAAGUGUUCCUUUCAUUCCUUAUUUGCUGAGACGGCCAGUUUUGUCACCUCAGAGGUCAAGGCCAAACAGCUGGCUGACUUUAAGUUCAGAGAGUUGAGUUUUCUCUCACACAUCCUAGAGAUUAGGAGCUAACACUCCGUUCGGUGUGUCGCACUCCGAAUUGCGUGCGGUAUUUUACUGUUGAUCAGGAAGAAAACGUAUGAGAACACGGCCCAGACCAAUAGUCCAUAUCUUAAAAAUCCUUCAUCCCCACAGAAAACCAUCCAUAUCUCCAGUGUUUCCUCAUUCAGAGUGCCAGAGCUGUGCUCCACAGACUUAGCCGUAAACUAGGUUAAGCAUCAUACUGUAUUCCAGUUGCCAAGAUCUUUGUUGUUUUGGUUUUGUUUAGUUGUUUUUUUUUGUUUUCCAUGAUCGUUGCCAACAGCUCUCCACUGCCAAACAUUGACCAUACCAUGUGCCUGAUGAGGGAGGGGUGGGGGAGGGAGGGGUUUUGGGGGGGGAGGGGAGGAGGGAGAGAGUUUCACCCUGGAGGUCGCCAAACGUGUGGCAAUGAUUUUUUUUUGUGUUCGUCGCACCUCCAAAAUGUUGGGAUGAGUGGAUGUACAUCAGCAGAAUGUUUUCACGCGGUGGUAACGAGAAAAAUAAGGUGUGACGGAGGAGGGUGGAUUCGUAUCUGAGAUUACCAUCUACAACGUGUCAUUUGUGUGUGUUGUAGACGACAGCAUUCCAGUCCAUUGUGUGUGCGUGUGUGCGAGCGAUGUGUGAGCGCGUGCGUGUUCAGCAGUAUCCAAGUCAUCAGCCUAGAGAGUAUUACUGUAUUCUGUGCGUUUCAGUGCUCGGAUGUGUUGCGUUUCUGUGCCAGGCUGCUGGUUCGACUCCUAUGGAGCAGGAUGGUUGGCUGGCUGGCUGGCUGGCUGACGGCGUUGCGUCACGUACUGUUGCAGCCGCCAACUUGUUGCCCCUGACUGGGAUUUCAUCAUUCAUUGCAAGAGGCUGAGCGGUGCAGUGCCGCCGCUCGCCAAGACACAUUUGUUCAUUACAUCAUUUCCCUCAUCUUGCGCAAAGUUUUAUUCAGGCUCAGAGCUCGAGCCUUUUCUCUUUUGUUCACUUGAUGGGUACAGUGACCUCUGACAUGCACACACCCUCCUGUCCUCCAGUGUGCCGUUGCCAUGGUAACCAAAGGGCUUGGCAUGGCAUAGGGACUUUAAUCACUUUUUUUUGAUAACCGUGUAUGAUAGCAAUCACCACACACACACAUGUACUUCAAUGCCUUCAGUUAGUGUGCUGCUAAACAAACAAGCACAAAUGUGGCUUCAAAGAGAUCUGUGUGUAAGAUCUGUUAAAAAAAUAAAAUAAAAUCUUGGUGCCAGAGCACAUCUGCGGUGCUGCUACCCUGAAAGUAACCCUGAGCCGACGGUAGAUGAAGCUUCAUUUCUGCCUUUGAGCGUUGCAGGAAGACUUUCUCAGCAGGGACAGACUUGAGAUUUUAGCUGUCAAACACUCGUAAAAAAAAACAACCAUCCUCGCUUCACAGACACCGCUAUCACCAUGGCAAUAUUUUGAGCUUAUUCAUGGGGGCCAAUUGCAGUAUUACACAUAUGGGAGAGGAGGAGCGGAGGCUGUGUGCAGAAGGAGGGGAUGAGGGAGGGAUUUCAAUAUACCGUGUACAGUGAAUGUAUUGUAACGUGCGUCUGUUGUCAAGUGCUUUUAAAUUAUAUUUUCGUAUGUAACGUGGAGACCAAUGUUUCCUUUUUGUAUGGGGGGACAACAGGUUCUGAGCAGAGUGACUUGUAAAUGAUGUCAAACUGUCUUUCUAUAUAAAAGAGAAGCUGCUUAAAUGUAAAACAAUAAAUGACUGAAAAAAAAACCAACAAAAAAAACAGCAAAAUAAAGUAAAGAGCUCUGUAGCUCAGACUGAUGGUG